CAUUGCAUUAAGUCGCCUUGAGCUGUUAACUCGUGUGCGCGGUAAAAUGGAAAAAUAUCUUGGAAAAAAAUAUAAAUUGAGAUCAUCGCAUAAUUUUGAUGAAUAUCUCAAAUUCAUUGAAGUCGGCCUGUUAUCUCGGAAGCUGGUGACUUCACUGUCCCCAAUCAGUGUGCUGACCAAAAACGAAGAUGGCUCAUACUCUCUUACAAUGAUAACUCCGAUACGUAAGGUUGUCAUUACAUUUCAACUCGGAGUGGAAUUCUCAGAGGAUAGACCAGAUGGUAUCAAAGUCAAGUCCACUAUGCAUCUUGAUGGAGAUAAAUUAAUACAGACACAAAUUGAAAGUAAUGGUAGGAAGUCGACGCACGUUAGAGAGUUUACAGACAAGCUUUUAACAGUGACAACAACUGCUGAAGGUUGGGACGGACAAUGCAUUAGAAUAUACGAAUUGGUGGAAUGAUUGUAAUAUCACUAUAAAUGGCUACUAUUAAUUAACUAAUCAUAAUUGUACAAAAUGUAUUGAUUUUUUUAUCAUUUCUAUGUAUUUAUUUUAAUAAAUACAAUAUUGUUCAUAUCAUAGGUGAGGAAA